CGCCCCUGGGGGGCAGAGUCGGUCUUUGCCAGUGCAGAUGGUCAGUGUCCUGCUACUUAGCGGACACCUCCCUCAUUGGGGGGCAAACUGACCAAAGUAGGCUUAACAGCUGCAGAUGACACUGGUGGGGAGUUUAAUGAAUCUACGAGCGUGUGUCCUAUUUGCUAUUGUUGUUAUUUACACAGUAGAUCAGGGGUGUCCAAAGUGCGGCCCGGGGGCCAUUUGCGGCUGUGAUUUUAUGGGCCCGCAGCACAGUCUAAAAAUGUCAUUUAACAAGGAAACUUCAAAACAAUCAAUCCAAAGUCAAAAUAUGAAGAGAAGAGUUGUCAUCUCGCAAGGAAAUAAAACCAUCAGUUCACAAGAAUGAAGUCAGAUCUUCUAUGCUAGAUGAUAAUAGAUCAAACAUCCUUUCAGUAGCAUGAAGCUGAAAUAUUCAAGAACAACAAUGAGGAAACUUUAUAACUCAAAUGUAUAACAUGUUUAAAUAUUAAGAGAAGAAAAUAUACAAGAAAAUGAUUUUUCUAAAUGAACAGCAGAAAUUUGACCAGAGUGAAGUCAAAAUAAGAGAAAAAAAAUAGUUUUCUAAUGAGAAAAAAGUUGCAAUUUUAUGAGAAUAAAGAAUGCUGAAAUCAAGAAAAAGGGAUUGUUUUAAAAGAUAAAAGUUAUAAUUACAAGAAGAAAUUUACAAGAGGAAAGCCGAAAUGGAAAAACACUAGAAAUGGAAAAGACAGCUGUUGUACGGGAAUAAAGUUCAAAUAUUCAGGGAAAAAGUCCUGAUCGAAUGACGAGCAAGAAUAAACUGGUAUUAUGAUGGAAUAAAAUGUCAUUUUUAGUCGCAUUUCGUGUACUGUGCCUACCUGCACACGUGUUGCUCUGCUAAACCUCCAAGCGGCCCUCACGCCCUUCAUUUGUUCAGUAGGCGUGGACACCCCUGCAGCCUUGUCAUCUCUUCUCGCCUUCACUGUUUUAUUGCCGUGUUGUGACUUCAGGAAGUCGCAUGAACGAGUAAAGCGUUCUGAUGUGCCUACAAAGACAAGAAGCGCACACUGAACCGUCCCAAAUUUGUGCAACCUUCCACAAAUGAGGUGCAAAUAGAGUUAUUGUUGCAAUGAAAACAUUGGCCGCUCAUUCUGUUGGCUCGUGGGUGUAGACCGAGGGGCGGGGCCACGACUGACUUUGCCUUUAUGUCCUUCACAUGUUUGCUCCGCUGUUGCCGCCCGCCGCCGACUAACCUCACUCUUGUCAUUUGUCCUCUGCACCUAACAUGCAUGCUCCGACCUGCAGCGGUGGCCUCAAAUCCGAAAGCGCAGCAGUCGGGUAAGACGCACCCCCAGCAAACUGACAUCCUCAUGCUUCCACAGCCUGGGACGUCAGCUGGUUGACCUUUGAUCAGAGUGUCUCACAAGUUCUCACCGUUUUUGAAUUGACUUGAAAUAUGGAACAUAAUUCAUUGGUUAACUUCAUAGCGAUCACAUGGUUAAUGAGACGUUUCCCAAUGUGUUUAUGAUGCUACUGGCUAACAGUGUCAUGCUAAUAAUGCUGUUAUGAAUAGUUCCUUGGGGAGGGGUGCCGGAUAAAGGGGACAAGUCAGGACAAUUCCAAAGGCCCUUGGCUGCCAAGGGGCCCAAAAAAUGGGUGAUUACUAAUAAAAUUAGUAAUUAAUUAAUAAGGGGGGGAAACAUGAUUUUUUUUUUAUGGGAGCCAGAAUUCCUGGCUGCACUCCUGCUAAAAAGGAAGCAUAAAAUCACCUUCAUUUAGACCAAAACCUACUGACUUACACCCUUGAAGCCUCCACAAACACGUGAGGGAGAGCACGCACAGCAGCAGUCUUCUUCCGUAGUCACACGGAAAUGCGUGUGAAGCAUCUGAGGAGGGACGUGCGUGCACUAAAACACGCCACUCGGAACGUAGCCUGUGCAGCUCCGAUGCUUGAACCACGAUGAAGGAUAAAGCUGGUGUCUCUUGAGCGUGUGAAAGGAUCUGCUGCAUGAAAUGGACAGUCAUAACCAAGCAGUGAAGUGGUGUCAUUCUUGACACUUCCUCCUGCCAGUGAGCCCAUCUCUCCCUCCUUUGCAACGUCCCUUCCAGUGUGCGAGACGACCACAGGGAUAAGCGACUUAGCUGUUCAUUGUUCGUUUAGGUAGAAACUUUCAUCGGCGUCGUCGUACGUAGACGUGGACCUCCUGUACGUCCCUUUUAUUAGACACACCAGCACAGUUGGCUGCCGUUUGUCUUACACGCACGUCUGCAUGACGCAUGACGCAUGUGGCAACAUUUGCACUCCAGCUUCAUCCAGCCCUGUGAGACACAACAUUAGUCGGGUUCUUCUCACCAGAGCUCCCGUCUGUCCGAGGCGCUGAGGAAGAGUCAGCUGUGGAGCUCGGUGGUGACGGUGACGUUGGUGGAGGGUCAGGACAUGCCGCCGGACACGCAGGGCGGGCAGCUGUUUGUCCGCUUCCGGCUGGGGGAGCAGCGAUUCAAAAGCAAGAACCUCGGCCGAGUGGCCAAGCCUCAGUGGAGAGAGAGGUUCACCUUCAACCAGUUCCCAGAGAGUCCCAGCAUCCUGGAGGCGGAGCUCUGGUCCAAAGAAGGACGACGAACCGAGGAGUGUUUGGGAAUGUGUGAGGUGGACCUGGCCGGCGUUCCCUUCCACAAAAGGCAACUCUUCACGGUCUCGCUGGACCAGUGCAGAGGACGUCUGGUCUUCCUGGUCACGCUCUGUCCGUGCAGUGGCGUCUCCAUCUCGGACCUCUGCGCCGCGCCCCUCGAUGAACCCCGCCAGCGGCAGGACCACCUGGACAACUACAGUCUGAAACGCUCCCUGAAUAACGUGACCGAUGUCGGUUUCCUUCAAGUCAAAGUCAUCAAGGCCACCGAUCUGCUGGCGGCCGAUUUAAACGGCAAGAGCGACCCCUUCUGCGUGUUGGAGCUGGGCAACGACCGCCUGCAGACCCACACCGUCUACAAGAGCCUCCACCCCGAGUGGAAUAAAGUCUUCACCUUUCCCGUCCGAGACGUCCACGAAGCGCUGCUGGUGACCAUCUUUGACGAGGACGGAGACAAAGCGCCAGACUUCCUGGGAAGAGUUGCCAUUCCGCUGCUCUCGAUCCGCAGGGGGCAGCAGAUCACCCUGCCGCUGAAGAAAGAGGACCUCGGCAGCCUGACCAAGGGAAUGAUCACGCUGGAGCCGGAGCUCAUUUUUAAUCCCGUCAGAGCAAGCAUAAGAACCUUCCAGCCUCCAGAGAGAAAAUUCAUGGAGGACAAUCCCAAAUUUUCCAAAAAGGCUCUGGCCAGGAACGUGCUUCGUGUGCAGGCGCUCUACCGGGCCAUCACGUCCACGCUGCAGUACGUGAAAAGUUGCUUCCAGUGGGAGAGCGUGCAGAGGAGCCUGCUGGCCUUCCUGGUGUUCGUGGUGACUGUGUGGCACUGGGAGUUCUACAUGCUGCCCUUCAUCCUGGUCCUGCUCAUGUCAUGGAACUACUUCCUGAUCUGCUCCGGGCGGGCCAGUCAGGACCUGGCCAAUAUGGAUGUGGGUGAUGAAGAUGAGGACGAUGAGAAGGAGUCGGAGCGUCGAGGCCUGAUGGAGAAGAUCCACAUGGUCCAGGACAUCGUCAUCAGCCUUCAGGCCUUCUUGGAUGAGCUGGCCUGCUUUGGGGAGAGGAUUCAAAACACGUUCAACUGGUCUGAGCCCUUCCUGUCCGCUCUGGCCUUGCUGCUCUUCUUCACGGCGACCAUCCUCACGUACUUCAUCCCCGUGCGCUACAUCAUCUUAAUAUGGGGCAUCAACAAAUUCACCAAGAGACUACGGAAGCCGUACUCCAUCGACAACAACGAGGUCCUUGACUUCCUGAGCAGGGUGCCCUCCCACGUGCAGAAGGUGUGUCCCAAAUCCUGUGGGGUUUGGUUCAACUGUGUGAGAAAUUCCAAGUCAGUCUGUCUUAUGGAGUCAAACUUUGGGCUUGAGUAACAGCGCCGCCAUGUGGUGUUUGUCAGAAAGAUAAUAGCACAGGCGCCACCUUUUGACAAACGUUCACCCUUUCGUGUGAAGAGUAGAAGAUGAUGAUGCUGAUGAUGCUGACGAUGCUGAUGAUGCUGACGAUGCUGACGAUGCUAAUGAUGCUGAUGAUGCUGAUGAUGCUGAUGAUGCUGAUGAUGCUGACGAUGCUGACGAUGCUGACGAUGCUGACGAUGCUGACGAUGCUAUGUGCCGCCAUUACACCAGGAAGACUCCUUGAUGUUGUUGUUGUUGCUGCUGUGUAGGUUCAGUACAGCGAGACCAGAGGCAUCAGGAGGAAGAGGACGACGUAGACGACAAAGAGGCUCGCUGUUGCAACCAAAGACUGAUGCUCCGCCCACUUUUUUACCUUUGAAUUCCAGGUGACUUUGGAAGAACGUCUCUCAAGAUUUUUUGAAGUGCUUUUUAAUGAGAGGACUCAUGGUACUAAAAGGUACCGACUGACAUUUCUGUCUUUUACCCGGUGGCAAUAUACUGCACAUAUGUACCAUAUAUAUACACUAUGUAUACAUACAUACAUAUAUUAUAUAGAUUAUACAGUAUUUAUUAUAUAGAGUAUGUACAGUAUCCAUAGACAGAGUAUGUAUCGGUGCUUGUAUUAUAUAAAGUAUGUAUCCAUACAUACACACGUGAUGUACUGUAUAAAGUAUAUAUACUGCUCAAAAACAGUAGAGGAACACUUGGAAAACACAUCAGAUCUAAACUGGGGGAAAAAUGAUUUUGAAUAUGUUUCCUGAUAAUAAGUGGGUGAUGUAUUAGUAACAAAAUGAUGCCACAUCAUUUGAUAGAAAUGAAAAUGAUCACCCUAUAGAGGGGGGAAAUCAAAGACACCCCAAAAAUGAAAGUGAAAAAAUGAUGCAGCACACUGGUCCAUUUAGCUAAAAUGUCAUUGUAGCAACUCAAAAUGAUUCUCAGUAGUUUGUGUGGCCCCCACGUGCUUGUACGCAUGCCUGACAACGUGGGGGCAUGCUCCUAAUGAGACUACGGAUGGUGUCCGUAGUGUCCUGGGGGAUCUCCUCCCAGAUCUGGACCAGGGCAUCACUGCGGUACCUGGACGCAUGGAGGAGAUUCCAGGAGACAGGUAGUUACUCCAGGAGAGCUGGACAGGGCCGUAGAAGGUCCUUCAACCCUCAGCAGGAUCGGUAUCUGCUCCUUUGUGCAAGGAGGAACAGGAUGAGCACUGCCAGAGCCCUACAAAAUGACCUCCAGCAGGCCACUGGUGUGAAUGUUUCUGACCAAACAAUCAGAAACAGGCUCCAUGAGGGUGGCCUGAGGGCCCGACAUCCUGUAGUGGGCCCUGUGCUCACCGCCCAGCACCGUAGAGGUCGAUUGGCAUUUGCCAUAGACCACCAGAAUUGGCAACUACACCACUGGUGCCCUGUGCUCUUCCCUGAUGAGAGCAAGUUCAACCUGAGCACAUGCGACAGACGUGAAAGGGUCUGGAGAUGCCGUGGAGAACGUUAUGCUGCCUGCAACAUCAUUCAGCAUGACCGCUUUGGUGGUGGGUCAGUGAUGGUCUGGGGAGGCAUAUCCCUGGAAGGACGCACAGACCUCUACAGGUUAGAUAACGGCACCCUGACUGCUAUUAGGUGUCGGGAUGAAAUCCUUGGACCCAUUGUCAGAACCUACGCUGGUGCAUUGGGACCUGGGUUCCUCCUGGUCCACGACAAUGCCCGACCUCAUGUGGCUAGUGUAUGCAGGUAGUUCCUGGAGGAUGAAGGAAUUGAUACCAUUGACUGGCCCCCACGUUCACCUGAAAACCCAAUAGAACACCUCUGGGACAUUAUGUUUAGGUCCAUCCGGCACCUCCAGGUUGCUCCUCAGACUGUCCAGGAGCUCAUUGAUGCCCUGGUCCAGAUCUGGGAGGAGAUCCCCCAGGACACCAUCCGUAGUCUCAUUAGGAGCAUGCCCCCACGUUGUCAGGCAUGCGUACAAGCAUGUGGGGGCCACACAAACUACUGAGAAUCAUUUUGAGUUGCUACAAUGACAUUUUAGCUAAAUGGACCAGUCUGCUGCAUCAUUUUUUCACUUUCAUUUUUGGGGUGUCUUUGAUUUCCCCCCUCUAUAGGGUGAUCAUUUUCAUUUCUAUCAAAUGAUGUGGCAUCAUUUUGUUACUAAUACAUCACCCACUUAUUAUCAGGAAACAUAUUCAACAUCAUUUUUCCCCCAGUUUAGAUCUGAUGUGUUUUCCAAGUGUUCCUCUCAUUUUUUUGAGCAGUAUAUAUAUAUAUCUAUAUAUAUAUAUAUAUAGAUAUAUAUAUAUAUAGAUAUUUUGAGCAGUAUAUAAUUCAUUCAUGGCUGGCAUGCUAACGGGUACAAUAAACGGGUCCAAUCUUCA